AUGGAUCCUAUGGAAGCUAUGUCCGGAGCCUCGGGGCCUCUCCCCAAGAACUUCGACGCUGAGAAUGCCGAGAACAAUGAGGAUAUGGAGAAGCAAUUUGCCGUCAAGGUCGUCCAGCACAUGUCCACCUACUGGUCCAUCCUCGAGAAGGUCAAGGGCUCGACUCUGCGCUUGACCAAGAUGGACGACGAGAUCUACGAACACCUUAUGCAGACCUUCCCCGACUUCGACCCCGCUGCCACGGUCGACGAGGACGAGAUGAAGAGCAAGGCCGGGAAGGAGAAGUGGAGGCCUUUCAUGAUGUCCUACGAGAAGAAGAUUGAUGAUUACAACUUUGGUACCAUGGUACGAAACAAUGCAAAGGAGGAGUACGGAGAGAAGAGCACUAUUUUUGUACCCAGGAUGCAGUUUUACGCGAUUGAAAUUGCCAGGAACAAGCACGGACUGAACGACUGGAUUUACGAGCAGGCCCACGCCGAGAAGAAAUAA